CGAAGCGCCCCCAUUCGUCGACGAGAUAUCCAAUCUCUCACAGCUUCGGCCGAAAUUGGAUAUUUGUGCGUUUUUCUUAUUGCUAAGAUUUUUGUCAUAGAAAAUCUGAAUGCAUUUACCGGUACUGCAUUUCUUGUGCUAAGACAUUUGAACUGUGUGUGGCGUGACUCUGGUGCUUGUGUUAUAAGACUAUGAUUUCGAAGUGAAAACUACUGUGAUAACAACUUUAUAGAAAAAUAACACUAAAACAGUGCAGUACAACUCUGUGGGUUAGCAGGUGCUAACUAACGGGACUGUUGAAACCGACAGUCACUUAAAGGCAUUUUAUUGCGUGCUGUAGCUGCAUAAGGCAGCCAAACGACCAUGGCAGCCGCCACCAAGAUGGAGAACCCUAUCAACCAUUCUAGUCCAGCAACUGGCGAUAUGAAGGCAGAAAAUGACCAGGGUUGGAAAGCGAAAUUAAAAAUGCCACCAAAGGAUCAAAGAUUCAAAACAUCCGAUGUAACAAACACUAAAGGCAACGAGUUCGAAGAUUUUUGCCUGAAACGCGACCUGCUUAUGGGCAUUUUUGAGAAGGGCUGGGAAUCACCUUCCCCAAUCCAAGAGGCUAGCAUCCCGAUAGCACUGACGGGCCGUGAUAUUCUUGCACGCGCAAAGAAUGGCACAGGCAAGACAGGAGCGUAUGCCAUUCCAAUCUUGGAGAGGGUGGAUAAUACAAGAGAUGAGGUGCAAGCCAUGUGUGUAGUCCCGACACGAGAGUUAGCAUUGCAGACUAGUCAGAUCCUGAUCGAGCUGUCCAAACACAUCGGGGCCAAGGUGAUGGUCACCACAGGAGGAACCAAUCUUAAAGAUGACAUUAUGAGGCUUUAUGAACCAGUACAUGUUGUAGUAGCCACGCCCGGGAGAAUCCUGGAUUUAAUGAAUAAAAACCUGGUGAAAAUCAGCAAGUGUGGGAUCCUGGUUUUAGAUGAGGCUGACAAGUUAUUAUCCCAGGAUUUCAAGGGAAUGUUGGACAACAUCAUCAGUCACUUACCCAACGACCGACAGAUCCUUCUCUACUCAGCCACAUUUCCUCUCUCCGUCGAACAAUUCAUGAAGAAGUACUUGCACAGUCCAUACGAGAUAAACUUGAUGGACGAGUUGACGUUGAAGGGAGUCACACAGUACUACGCCUUUGUCCAAGAGAAACAGAAAGUCCACUGCUUGAACACCCUCUUCUCUAAGCUCCAAAUAAACCAGUCUAUCAUAUUCUGCAACUCAACCCAACGUGUGGAACUGCUGGCCAAGAAGAUUACGGAGCUGGGCUACUCAUGUUUUUACAUUCAUGCCCGAAUGAACCAGCAGCACAGAAAUCGGGUGUUUCAUGACUUCAGGCAGGGACUCUGCAGAAAUCUUGUCUGCUCAGAUCUGUUCACAAGAGGUAUUGACAUUCAGGCGGUAAAUGUAGUGAUCAACUUUGACUUCCCGAAGCACGCGGAGACGUACCUCCACAGGAUCGGCAGGUCUGGCAGAUACGGCCACCUCGGUAUAGCCAUCAAUCUCAUCACAUAUGAUGACAGGUUUUCACUGCACAAAAUUGAGAGUGAACUUGGGACAGAAAUCAAGCCCAUUCCGAAGAACAUCGACAAGGCGCUGUACGUUGCCGAGUACCACACGGAACCUGAUGAAGAUGACCUCCCCGAGAAAACCAACGGAGCGAAGGGCUAGACGGGGUCCCACCCCUGAAAGCCCCUCGUGUACUAUUCAGGGCCCUCAUAUCCCCAUUCAUCGUCAAACAUGUUUUCAUAAUGGACUCUAUUCGAGCCGAAUGUUUCAUAUAGCAUCUCGUGUCUUGCUAUUUUUGGCAAGAUUUCAUGGAAGUUGUCAAAAGUGGUUUAUUGGUCGUAAUAUGUUUUGAGAUAUGUUGUCAUUUUGUACAUGAAUUGUUAUGGUUGCAAAUGGGUUUAUUAUUUAGUGUGAAAGUGUGUAUACAUGUUAGCUUUAAGAUUAAGACACACAGAGCUAGGUUGAAAACUGCUCUUUGUUCAAAGAAUGUGUGUGAAGCAAGUUUUAAUUAUGAAAACUGAAGAGAAUGAAACACUGAGAACACAAGUUUCUUUCAAACACUUAAUUGAAGGAACACUCACCUUAGAUGACAGAAGAUAAAUGGGCAUUAAAGCUUUCACACAAAACAUUAGUUGAGAAUCGAUGGAACAAUUGAUGAAUUAUGUAAUACUUAGUAUGUAUGGAUGCGGAUGAAUGUGAACGUUAAACUCAUUUGCCAACCAAUACUGUUGUAGCUUUGUUUACGACACUUGAGCAAAACUGUGCAUACAUUUUAAAGUGCUGACCUGGGGAUAUUAUGUGUUAGAUUAAUUUAAUUGGAAUAGAUUUUCAGGUGUUCACAGAAAGUACAACUUUGGCCAGGCUUAUUUGGCAAAUCUGAUCUGGGGAAUUUGCUUAUGUAUGAAUAAUGAUUAAAAAACUUCACAAAGUUAGGAAAUGUCCAAUCAACCUAUUGCAAGCAACAAGAUGGAGGGCUUUUUCAAGGCAUUUUGGGAACAGACAUUUGGACAUUUUCAGGAAUUUUAAUAGAUAAAAUCCUUAUUUUGGGAUUGAAAAAUCCAAGGUUAACCUGCCGAGAUUGGGAAUUCUGCAUGCUUAUAAAAAAGUUUGCCGCAAUUGGUAGGAAUGUCUCACCCAUGGAAUGGCUAGAAAAAGGCUUGAGUUGAAAUUGCAAUAAAAUGUAUCUGUCAGGUGUUGAAAAUCUCUUUCUGGAUGUUUUGCAUUGCCAAAUAAGCGUGGCCAGUGAAAAUUUCUAUGAAUGAGUAACUCAAAAAUGUUUCUUUUGAACUGCAAUUUAAAACAAUCUGAUAAUAUUUUAACAAUCUGAUUAAAAAUAUUCAUAUUUUUUUUUAAGUUAAGUAUUCAAAACAGAUAGCUUUGUUAAACAUUACUGUUUUGACUGUUUGUGUAUUAAGUUUUAAGCUCUCGACGCAGGAUGUCACGAAAGAACAAUGUUAACCAUUUAAGUUAAAGAUAUUGUUUAAAGUAUUGUUUGUUUAAUAUUUUGUACUUUUACAGUUUUAUUUAAUUAAGAGCUGAGGAAAUCUGAAGUAAGAUAAUAUUUCAAUUAGUUAUGUUCCAAUUUGAUGUUUGCAUAGUGAUGUGUACUGGUAGGAGAAAAAUGCUGAUAUAUAUCCUUGGAUUCUUAACAAAUGUGGAUGAAGACAUUCGCUUAAAUCCCCCUUGAAAUGAUCAGCCUGCAUUGUUGCUGAAGUAUUUGGCUAAAGAAAUUGUCACACACCUGACAACAUAGAAGCAAGCCUGUCAAAUGUUUAAGCAGGGCGUAUGAGCCUACACUUGUCAAUUGUCAAUUAUGCAGGCUUUUGUUGAAUAUUUCUACAGGUUGUAAGAAUGCAUACAUAUAUCAGUGGUUUUCUCAUAUUAAUUGUAAAUAAUGUAAAUUAUUCUAUUUUUGUAAGAUACUAUGUUUAAAAGCUGAGGUAAUUUCAAAGACAAAUUGAAUCUGACAUGAUAACCAGCUUUGUAGGGCUUAUACAUUAUUGCGCUCUUCGAAACAUUUCUGUUGGUUUUUUGACUGUAUUAGCCAUUUUCAAGUUAUUUGUGGUUAAAAUGCUUUGAAAUUUCAGCAAGACAAUGUGGACAUUUACAUAGAAAUGUAUUCAAAGUGUACCAAAGUUUGUGAAUUCAAAAGUGUAUUGUGAAAAACAACAGUGGAAUACACACAGAAAAUUCAAACCAGAAAAUUCAAACCAGAAAAUACACAACGGAAAAUUCUAACCGGAAAAUACACAAGGAAAAUUCAAACUGGAAAAUACACAACGGAAAAUUAAGAAGUAAAUUGUCAAAACACAAAACAAAAAGAUGUAUCUUUAGAAAGCUCACAAAGCAUAUAUCAAUCAUAGAUGAGAGGAACAAAAGCUUAAACAAAGCUGUGACAUGUAACCAGAAACUGUUUGCCAACUAUUGUGUUCAGUGUAGGAUCCCUCGUGCAUUAGGUGGUCACGUCCAGCAAAGACAAAUGUCCAGUUUCAAAUCAGCAGACUGGUUGCUGGCUGCAGUGAAAAUACUUCAAAGUGGUAAAAUAUUAUUUGUAUUUCUAUUUGUGUGUUGAAGAUGAAAGUGAUGGGUGUUUAUUAUGAAAUUGAAAUAAGAUAAAAUCAUGUUGAAGAUUUCAAGAAAAUAGAAAGAAAUGUGAAGGAAUUGUGAAUGUAAAUGUUUGAACAAGUAUGAGUUUUAAAAAAAAAUGUCCACCGGUGCACACAUGAAAUGGCAGUUAUUUUUCCUAGCCAGGUAGUGACUGGUACACACUGUACACUUUAUAGGAUGAAAUGUCUCUGUGAACAUCCUCAGAUCUUGAGGAACUGGCCCUCACAACACGAAUUAAGUUGUGCUUAAUGUUAUUUGCCAAGUCUUGAUGAAUAUUGGAUUACAAGUUGCAGCUACGUAAAGUGAAUAGCUCUAUCAACGGUAUAAGCUUUAUAAUGGACAUCGAUCAAAUUAAGGUGGAUUUAGUGUGAAACUUUUGAAGAGUCUUAAGAUGUGUUUGUGGUGGGCAGUUACUGAUCUUCCUUGCGUUUCAAACCAAUGUUAGUUGUCUUUACCCCCGCUGCAGAUAACUGUACCCUAGCUUGUGGAACAUUCACUAGUGCUGCUUAUAACUAGAAGACCCUGUGCCUGACUUGGAUGUGGUCUGUGCCUGACAUGUAUCUGGUAAUUUUAGGGUUUUAUUCAGAACAGAAAUAGCUCAAGUGAAGUAGUAUUAUAAAAUUUAGAAUGAAGGCUACUGGAAUUACCUAUGGAUUCAUGGUGUGUUCAUUUAGUCAGUUCAUAAAGUCAGAAAAGACGUGUUUUUGAACACAUGUUAAGUCAUACACAUGUAAGGACAGUUGCAGGAAUCACAAGAGAUUAUAGAGUGAAGACUUUCUUUUGAUCUCAGAUUGACAUUAGGUGUUAAAUUUUGCAGCUUUUUCUAAGUAAAAAUGUGUUGAUACUUAGUCAAGAGAAUGCCUACAGAAUGUCCAUAAAAAGAUUGAAAGUGGAAAUAAAUAGACUUUAUGGGCGGUAAUUCAUAGAAAUAGAUGUUGGAGGUUUGAAGUUGACAAUACAGAGCCAAGUGGGUUCGAGACCAAUCGAAACAGUAAUGAUGGUUUUUGAAACAUUUUGCUAUCAGCUGUUUUGAUUGGAGUUAUGCAGAUCUAUAGCAGGUUUUUGUAUUGAUGGAAGUUUUAAUUAUGGCAACCUUGUUUUGUUGAGGCCAAGAUUUUUAAAACCUGUGUUGAUCAAAAACACUGUUAAACGUGCCUUGGUUUAAAGCAUUUUCAAAAUAAAAGGUUGGGUUAGCUGUAACAAUCCUUUUUUUUAAGCAAUAUUAGAUAUAUAUGAUGAUGCCUUAUUGGGAAAGGUCCUUGGAAAUGCUUUAUUCUAAAGUGAAUAAAUGUUUCAAAAACAAUUUUAAACAACGUUCUUUCGAGAUUGUGUGUUUAAAUUUUGUUGAAAGCUGAGAAAGUCUUUUCUGUAAUUUAUAAAGUUUAUUGUUCGUAAAAAGCUAUUAAUAGUAAAAAAAAAAGUAAAAAAAAAAGUUAAACGAGAUUUCAUUCAUAAAGCACUCGAAAUGAUGUAAAAGUACUGCAUCAUGUUCAUGACACUGUGGACUUCUCUCUGAAGCUACAAGAAUAUGACUUCUCGGAACAUUGAACUUUAAAAAGAAAGGACUUGCUCAGUAAACAGACGUGUGUACUCAUUGACUUGAUGGGUUGUUGGCUGCGAUUUUAUUUUUUAUAUCAUAUCAACAUUAUUUGGAAAUCAGUAGAUUUAUGAAACACAAAUUAUGGCAUUUGAAAUAGAGUGAGCGAAGAAACAGAUUUUCUGUUCAAUACCCUUACAAUAAGAAUGGAAGAUGUUGGUAUUGUGUUUCUUAAGCUCAUUGACCAGCUAAUGCCAGUUCAAGUCAAUAAUGUACAGUGAUGUCUGCUGAAUACAGGGCCUAUAUAUUGAGAUCUGGUUUUCACUCUGUCUUGGAUACACUAGUAAUCCUGUUUGAAUGCUAGGGUCAAGUUUCAGAUGCUCAAAUCCAAUGUUUGUGUUCUGGAUCUAGUUGUGCUAUGUAAAAAGCUGAAUUAACUAGAGAUUUUGCACUGAAAAUCGGAACACAAUUACUUAAAAUUAAAAAAGGAGUUUAUAGAUAAUGACAUUUUGAUAGGUGUGUGUGAUUUGUUUUACCUAUGAAGUACAAUUUUAAAGUGUGUCAAGAAGAAUUUUAGAAAGCUAGGUAUUUUACACACUAGAUACAUGUAUAAGGCACUAAGAGCACGGUAUAAAGCUAAAAGCAGGGUCAAAAGCAUUGCUGGGCUGUUAAAGUGAUACAGGACCAAGAUGUAUGUUCAGACAGAGUGGAAUCAGACUCGGGGUGGGGUGGGUGGAUUUUAGUACAUUUUCUAAUUACAUUCAUAAGUUUUGAUCUCUUGCAAUCGACAAUUUUAAAAGUUGAUGAUUUUGUGCAAAGAGAAUGUACUUGUUAAAAAAAUUGUUUAUAAUUGAAAAACCAAAUUGCCAUAAAAGGCCUUGUUCAUUGCAUGACACUGAUAUUCUGUAUACCACCAUGUCGGGCUGUAAGAAAAGCAUAAGAUGAUUGACAAAUAAUAGAUGGAAUUGUUGUGUGAGUUUGAAAUUGUAACAUCUGCAUCAACUGUUCUGGUUAUGUUGAGACGACAUGGCAACAACUAAAAAUCCUGAAAUAGGGAAAAACACACUGGAUAAUAAGUUUCAAUUUCUUGAUAUGUUGUUGCAAAACCAUUUGGACAGAAUAUCAUUCAUGCAAACAGGUUUAAAUCUAAUAAAUAAUGACAAUAU